CGGCCACGAGGUCGGGGGAGGUGACGCGUCACGCGGCGUGUAGCGUGACGCGGCGGGCCAGGAAUAGAUCGAGAAACGGGUCAAGCGAGCGCGCGACGAAGCGCGGUCGGUGGCAGUGCGCGUGCGCCGCGGCGCCGUGGCGACAUGGCGGCUUCCCGCUGGCUAACUCUCGUGGCUGUGCUGCUGUCUCCCGCGGGAACACGUGCCGAUGUUGACAUUCGAAUCGGUGUGGGCGUGGUGGAGGCGGACCCGCGGCGCGCGCAGCAGCUAGCGGCGGCGGUGGACGCGGCGCUGGGAGCGGCCGCCGGCGGCAGCGCCGUCGCACCCGUCGAGCCCGACGAGCCGCUCGCGCUGCCCGCGCACGUCUGCGAACAGGGCGCGCGCGAGGCGGCGGCGCUGGUGUGCGGCGGCGGGCGGCGCGCGGCGCGGCUGGCCGGCGAGGGCGCGGCGCGCGCCGGCGUGCCGCUGCUGCUGCUCGGGCCCGCGCCGCUGCCGCCCACCUGGGACGCGCUCGCGCUGCACCCCCACCCCGACAUAUUCAUUCAGGUUUGCCGGGACCUGUGCGUGGAGAAGUCGUGGGAGAGGGCGGUGCUACUGUACGAGGGCAGCGCACACUACGCGGCGCAGCUCGCUCCCGACGCAGAUCAGCUUACGCUCGUGCCGCGCCAGCUGCCGCCGCCCGGCGAUGACGCGCUGCUCAGGAACCUACUGCUGCUGCUCAAAAAGUCGGGCAGUACGAACUUCAUAGUGUGGUGCGAGACGGCGGAGCGCGCGCUGCUGGUGCUGGAUGCGGCACAGCGCGUGGGGCUGCUGUCGGAGCGCCACUCGUACAUCGUGCUCACGCUCGACUUGCACACGCAGCCGCUCGCCAACUACAGCCACGGCGGCGCCAACAUCACCACUCUACAGUUGUUCGACCCCGAGUCGCCGGAAGUGGUGAGAAUUAUGGAGGCGUGGCGCGACGCGUACGUCAGUCGGCUGGGCGGCGAGGUCCCACAAGAUGAGCUGGAGGAGGUGAUGUCCGCGCCGCCGACGGCGCUGCUGCUCGCGUACGACGGCGCCCGCCUCGUCGCUAGCGCGCUCGAGCGUCUACAGCUGCACUCUAUAGGGGGAGGCGGCUGCGAGCACGGACUCGGCGCGUUUCACGCCGACACACUCCUCAAUUAUAUUCGUUCGGAGGAGUGGAACGCGUCGGUGAGCGUGUGCGGCGGCGGCGCGGCGUGGGAGCGCGACGGCGGGCGGCGCGAGGUGACGCUGCGCGUGGCGGAGCUGCAGCGCGGCGGGCGGCUGGCGCGCGCGGGCCGCUGGGCGCCCGCCACGCGCCUGGCCUGGCAGCGGCCCAGCGGCCCGCGCGACCCGCCGCCCGCGGAGCUCUCCGUCGCCAACCGCUCCUUCACCAUCCUCAUCGCGCCGAACCAACCUUAUGUAAUGAGACAAGAAUCGCCCCAAAGAUUGUCAGGGAACGAUCGUUAUGAAGGUUUCUGCGUCGAACUGAUCAGUAAACUAGCUGAGCUGUUGAACUUCACGUAUACUCUAGUGGAGCAGCCGGAUGGAAAGUACGGCUCCCCGACCAAUGUCUCCGGGGAAUGGGACGGUAUGCUGGGUCAGCUUAUGCGCGAUCCGAAAAUAGACUUCGCAAUCACCGACUUGACGAUCACGGCGGAACGCGAGAAGGCAGUUGACUUUUCGACGCCAUUCAUGAACCUCGGUAUCAGCAUUUUAUUCCGUAAACCGAAGACUCCAGAACCGGAAUUAUUCGCAUUCCUUUUACCGUUCUCCAGGGAGGUUUGGAUUUGCCUCGGCUUUGCAUAUUUAGGUACAUCUCUUCUGCUGUACGUGGUCGGCCGCCUGUGUCCUGAAGAAUGGCAAAAUCCGUAUCCGUGCCUGGAGGAGCCGCUCGCUCUCGAGAACCAGUUCACACUGGAGAACGCACUCUGGUUCAACCUGGGAGCUGUACUGCUGCAGGGCUCAGAAAUCGCUCCCGUCGCUUACGGCACGCGGGCGGUAGCGAGCGCGUGGUGGCUGUUCGCGCUGGUCAUCACCAGCUCGUACACGGCGAACCUGGCCACGUUGCUGGCGCACAAGAGUAACAACGAGCUCAUACACAACGUGCAGGACCUCGCCGACAACGACCUGGGCAUCACCUAUGGAGCCAAAAUCAAUGGAUCCACUUACAUGUUCUUCCAGCAUUCUCAAAACGAGCUUUAUCAAAGAAUGUUUCAACACAUGAGCGAACACGACAUGCCCGGCGACAAUGGUGCUGGCAUACAGAAGGUGAUGAAUGAAGAUUUUGCGUUCCUGAUGGAGUCUACGUCCAUCGAGUAUACGAUCCAGCGCAACUGCGACGUCACAAUGGUGGGCUCGCUCCUCGAUAGCAAAGGAUAUGGCAUUGCUAUGAAGAAAAACUCGCCGUACCGACACCAGCUGAACUUGGCGCUGCUGAACCUGCAGGAGGCGGGCGUGCUGCGCGAAAUGAAGCACAAGUGGUGGAACGAGAAGCACGGAGGCGGCGCUUGCAACGUCGGGGAUGACCCUUCGAGCGAAGAGUUGAAGAUGACCAACUUCCUGGGCUUGUUCGUGAUACUGGUGGUAGGAUCUGCGCUCGGGAUAAUCGUGUCGUGCUGCGACCUCAUAUGGGCCGCCUGGCGCCACCCCAGGGAUCCUAACGAGCCUUUCAGCCGGCGCUUCUGGGCGGAGAUUCGCUUCGUAUUUCGAUUUGAGCAAUCGGAAAAACCCUUGAAAGGUACGCUGUGCACGUCGUCGAGUGAGUCGUCGCCGCGCUCCGAGUCCGUGACGCAGGAGAGCGAGGAGUUGAGUCCGGAGGAGGAGCGGCAGCGCCUGGAGCGCCUGGCGUCGCUCCAGUCGGCGGAGAGCGCGGCUGCGGGCGGCGGCGGCGGCGGCGCGCCGGUGAUGAGCGGCGGGCCGCGCGCGCGGCGCCGCUCGUCGAUGCACACGGCGAGCAUGCGGCUGGCGCGCCACGCCGCCAGGAACUCGGCCACGCCCGCGCCCGCGCCCGCGCCCGCGCCCGCGCACCGGGAGCGGGAGCGGCAGUGAGAGGCGGCCAGCGGGAACUGACGCACACAGUUUUAGAACCGAUGACAAGUCUAGUUUAAAUUAGAAUUACAGCUACUAACAAUCUAGCAUUUUUGUGCCUAUAGCAUUACCGAUAACCGGUUAGACGGUGCGAGUGGAGAGUAGAUGUAAUGGUCGGUGGAUGUCUAGGAUAUAAAUAUUCACGGAAGAAUCGCUUAUCCAAAUUUGCAGAUCAAAAAGUGAUACGUACACCAGUAAUAAUUAGCAAGUCUGUCGAUAUCGCCAGAUUUUGAGAAAUCGUAAGAUUAGUUCACUUACUUCGCAAUUAGUCUAUUUCUAUAUUUCGACUCUGGGUCCUAAUUCCGUUCAAUUAAAACAUUUAAAGUUUAAAAAAUGAUUUUUAAUGAAAAAUUAAGCAACAAAUGAAAAAGCAAUAAGACUUAAAUACCUGUAGCUGCUUGUGCAACCAAACAGACAAGUGGUUGACUACUAGCUCUACAGUGCCAGCAGAUUUGCUUGAAAAUAUAAUGAUAGUUUCGUUUUGACGAUAGUGCAGGAGAAGGCAUCCCUCGAACCAAUUUAAUUAGUUUAUAAUGUUAUACCUAUUGUUAAAUUAGCGGAAUUAUUGUAAUUAUUUGAACUAUGCACGCGUACUUAAACAGAUUGUACAAACUUGUUGGUUAUGCAUUAUAUUAUUAUGUAUUUUAGAUAUAAUAAGCUAAUAAGUUAUUUGUAUGCUAAAUAAUAAUAAAAUAUGAACAUUCUAGCUGUU